CUUCAGCUCUUCGCCUCUGAGUUUAGCCAGCUGUCAGUUUAUGCUGUUGCCUUAACAUUAAUGUUUUCUACCCGUGUUUUCCUUAAAGACAACUUGUAACAAAAGAUUCGUUUGACAAAAUGCCAAAAGGAGGGAAAAAAGGUGGCCACAAAGGUCGCAUGCGCACCUACACUAGUCCGGAGGAGAUUGAUGCUCAGAUGAAAGCAGAGAAGGAGAGAAAAAAGCAUGAACUAGAAGAGGAAGGUGAAGAAGGCGCAUCUCCUAAAGACACAGCAGAAGAGAAGCUACCAGGAUCUGACUCAGAGGACAGUGAUGACGACGAUUCCCUGAGAAAGCGAGCAGGAGUGGAGGGAUUGAUAGAAAUUGAGAACCCAAACAGAGUGGCUCAGAAGUCUAAGAAGGUGACACAGAUAGAGCUGGACGAACCUCGACAAUUAUCAAGGAGAGAGAGAGAAGAGAUCGAGAAGCAGCAAGCGAAAGAGCGAUACAUGAAGAUGCAUCUGGCCGGGAAGACGGAUCAGGCCAAGGCAGACCUCGCCCGCCUCGCCAUCAUCAGGAAGCAAAGAGAGGAAGCAGCAAGAAAGAAAGAAGAAGAGAAAAAAGCAAAAGAAGCAGCAGCGGCAGCGGCGGCAGCAGCCAGAGGAGUGAACUCCCUCUCUCUGAAAUGAUGCAGUCUUUAUCAGACGCUUUUUCACUUAUUCAUGGACUGGCGCAAUAUCCCUUCGACUAUUUUUAACGGAAGAUCAUCGAAAAGUAUUUGACACGACUGUCGCUAUGAACAGUUGGGAAAAAAAAAAGAUUGAGGAGGUCGAUGGCUGCCAGUGGCUUCCAGCUCUUCCCUGGAAGUAAAGCUACCAAUAAAAAUCCAUUGAUCUUCAUAUAUGCUUGGAAUGAACCCCUCAAUGUUUCUCACGGUAUACUUAUCAUUGUACAAUUCAGACUUUGCUAAGUGAGCUUUGCCACUGUCUUCUUUUUUUUUUGAACUUACGAUGUAUAUAACUGACUCAUUAAAACCAAUUUCAGAUUAAUUAUAUGA